GACACUGAAACUACUACAACUCAUAUUGGGAGCACCGAAAACACUACACUUUCAAUGUGGAAAUGAAUGAGAUCAUUACAUCCGGUCCAUACGAUGAGACAUGCGAAUGCUCAUCCCCACAAACUAAAAAGAAUGAAGUAGAGGCAUAUGAUAAAGAGGAAAUAAUGUCCGUUCGUCCCCCUGAUAUUCCCAUAGGUGCAAAAACGUCAGAUUAUUACAAAGUAGCUGAGGAUCUACCAUUUAGGUUCAACGAACCAGACCAAAUGAAAGCAUAUGAUCGCAAACCUAUGAAUCCGAUGUAUCGGACAACGAAUUCCGAAUACGGUCGAAUUCCACCGAAUGUUCACACAAUGAAUGUGGUUUAUCAUAAGCGGAAAAGAGAUUUUACAAAGCGCUACAUGGAAUGUGGAAAUUAUCGGAAUCAUUCACUUAAUACUGCAUUGGACAAAUCCAAAGUCUUAGAAAUGUGAUAUCCAAAGUAGUGCUGAAUGAAAAUGCGAUACUGAUUCGAAAGGAAACAGUUUACUCUCAGUGUCAACAAAGAUGUCUUGGUCAAAAAGAACAAAAUGUGUUCUCUAUUUCGAAAUAUAUUAAUGAUCACAU